AUGCCUCAUAACACUUCCUCUUCGUCUUUGUUCGGCCGAUUAUCAGCUAGAAGUAGUUUCAUUUCGUCUAAGGAUAUCAAAGUAACUGUGCUACUUUUAAAUGAUUCAGAUUCGAUUUCUAACGAAUUUAAGAGGUCGCUGCCAGCCCAAUCUAUUCUUGAUUACAUAUGUGAAGUAAAAAACAUUAAGGAUAAAGAUUACUUUGGACUCCGUUAUCAGGAUCACAAUAGACAUCGGUACUGGGUGGACUUAUCACGUCCUAUUUCUCAUAUCACAAAAAAUACAAAAGGGGAUACCGUCUUUUUACGUCUUCGAUUCCGAUUCUAUCCUGCUCAACCUACGCUUCUUUCGGACUUAUACACCAGAUAUCAGCUGUUUGUUCAAUUGCAACGAGAUCUGUUCCAUGGACGUUUAUACUGUCCACAAGCGAAAGCAGUUGAAUUAGCCGCUCUGAUAUUGCAAGCACAACUUGGGGAUUAUAAUGAGGCAGAACAUUCAGGGAAUUACGUUUCCCAAUAUACGUUGUUAUUACGUCAAACACCCAGAAAUGAGGAAAAAAUUUCCGAAUUACAUAAAUCGUACAGAGGCAUGUCGACAGGAGAGGCAGAAUGCGAGUUCCUGAAAAGAGCGUCCGCUGUAGAUACUUAUGGGUUCGAUCCAUACACCGUGAAGGAUUACAAAGACGGUGGGGACGUAUUCCUGGGUGUGAACCAUCGUGGAAUUUUAAUCUUCCAUAAUAACCAGAAAACUCAUAGCAUCCUUUGGGAACAAUUAUCUAAAGCUGAUUACAUCGGUAAAGAAAUACGCGUUCUACUCUCAGAUCAAUAUGUCCCUCCUUCAUUGAACGGCGAUAUGGCUGAAACCGCUAUGGAAAAGGAUAAAAAAUCUCGACUGGUUCUGAAAUAUAAUUGUCCCAAUGGAACUUUCGCAAAACAUCUUUGGAGUCAUAUUCUUUCUCAAAAAGCAUUUUUCAACGAGGAAUGUGCUCAAAUGAUUAAGCCGAUAUUCUCCAAGCCGAGAAUACCAUUGAUUUCGAGAGGCUCGACUUUCCGUUAUCCUUCACAAAAAGUUUUACGUGAAAUUGAGGUUUCUCAUAAUGGCGGGUUGAACACAAGCUCAGAUACCGACCAUGACUUUUCUUUCAACGAAACAACAAUUUCGUUUGAGAGGUAUCCUCUCGUUAAGCAUGAACCUCGUCAGGAACAACCCUGGCUAAAUAAGAGUUUGCAAGCGAACGUCAUCAGUUCCCCACUAACCAAGACCGUCGAUAACAAUAAUGAUAAGUCAGUUGUUUCAAUGGAAGAUGACAAGGCUCGAGUUCGAUCUGAAUCCACUCGGUCACCUAUCAUAUUUGAUGAAUCGCCGAUGGUCUACAAGCAAUUCCCAUCCACCUCAUCUGCUAAUGAAGUCAUGAAUAAAUCUAUUGAUUCAGGCCGUAAUGACUCUGCUUCGUUCGUUGUUCAUCUUGUCAAGUAUGAAAAAGUAGAUCAAUCUGCGGCUGUGACAAAUGAGGAACUUCACCAAGACAUGUCUAAAGAAGCCAUUUCUAAAAUGGUCACAAGCACUCCCAUUCUUGAUAGGUCAGAGAAGAAAAUGAACGGAAACUCUGUCGUUUAUCAAAACGGAACUUCACAUAAAAAGGAAAUACAUAAUGUUUCUGCAGUACCUGUUAGCUCGAACAAAACUAGCUUAACUAGUGUGUUUUUCGUAUCUUUUUUGAUUACCCUUCUAUUAUUGGCCUUACUUAUCACGAUAUUUGAGCGCAAUGAAGGCUCCGAUUGGCUUGAGGGAGUUCCAUGGCUCUCCAGCUUCCGACAUCAUUACUAUGAGCCAGCUAGAUAUUACACUCUUCAGCAGUAUAAUCGCUUCGUCUGA